AUGAUGGACAACGCCGCGAGCAUUCCGGACACCACCGACCCGUCGGUAGAUGACCCCGCCGCUAUGCCCUCGCCCACCCGCAAGGUCACCGGCAUCACCUCCCAUCGCCGCAUCGAACCCCCCUCGCACGAAAAGAUCGACCGCUUCGAGCUCAAACUCUCCCUCGCAGACGGCACCACCGAGUGGGAACCCGAGUCCAAGAAGUCAGGCGGCCGCGCCCGGAGCAUGAAGUACCCCAAGACCUGGGACGUCCACCACGCAGAGGCCUGCCGCGGAAAGAUCUUCAAGUCCGGGCCCAGGAAGGAUUACUUCGUCGUCGAGCUGCAGGUCACUUACGUCGGUAAGCCUGGGACCGAGUGGGUGGAAGAGAGCACGGUACCCUCGAACGCGUAUAAGGCCUUGCGGGAGGAGAUUAAGGAGCAGCAUGGGAAGUCUUGGUCGGAGUGGCAUCUGCACCUGAUGGGUGCUGCGAACUGGGAGAACGAGCGGGCGUCGCGAAGCCCGGUUACGGCUGGGAAGCGAGGACGCGGCCGCCCUCGUAAGGACAAGGUCGCGAUUGAUAUCACGCCCCGUUCCGUCAAGGCUAUCGCUGCGCGCUCUCCCCGUACACCUGCAGCUCCGAAGACUCCUAGACCCUUGCGGUCCACCGACGAAGCCUCGACUCCCUCGAAGCGCAAGAGACCCUCGGAGAGCGAUGAUGACGAGGACUACUCUCCACCCCAACCGAAGAAGCGGACUGUCGGAGACGUUUACAAAGGACCAAGCCGAAGGUCUCAGGGCAAGCCAUGA